GCUGAAUUGAAUCUCCAAAUCAUUCAACUUAAAAAAGAAUUGAAGGAAAAGGAGAAUAUUGUAGAAGAGCGCGAUGAAGAUAUUUAUAUGCUUAAUGAAGACAAAACGGAGAUUCAUGCCGCUGGAGACUAUCCAAACUUGGACAUCGGCGGAACCAGUCUGAGUAGGAGUCAUGUUGAAUCGAACCAAGAACGGCCCAGACGUAAACACAGCAAUCGUUUUUCACGUCAAAAACGAUGCAGUGAACAGGUUGCUUUUGUAAAUGGGGACUGCCAACUAAUCAGCCACACAACUAAUGAUAACGAUGAUACCGAUGUUAGUGAUGCCGAAGACCUUUUGCCACUUGACGCUAACUGUGAUACAGGGGCUGCCACAGCGGCAAUGCCAAAAGCCUUAAACGCUUCCUCUGCCUCCCUGAAACACGAACAGAUGCACAUGUCUGCUUCAUUAACAUCUCCAUCUAUUGUGGUUAAAAUACCGGCGACGACAAUAGCCAGUGCAGAGGAUGAAGCAAGCGAGGUGGUAAUGUUAGAAGAGAAUUCAAAUAUAUUCAGACCACCGGCAAAUUUUUCCCACACAGCUGUGAUAUCACAACCGCUCCAGAUUCAGAAUGAACAAGUUGCUGAAUUGCCUAAGUUAGUUUCCCCAACUUCCACCCGGAAUUUAUUAGAAACCUCGUCAUCCCCAUCAGCGCAAGAGUUAGAUCCAAAUGUUUCUGGCGCGGAAGACGAUAUGAGCCUGCAGAUUGAAUCAGAGCAUAUCAAGGCUCUUGUUCACCGACUCCAUACUCAAUGCGUUCAGCUGGCACACGCUUCAUGUUCUCCAGGAGUUUCUGCUGAGGAAGUUGGCUUAUUCCACGCAUCUUCAUCAUUUAGAUCGGGAUCCUCUAAUAAGAAGAUUUUGGUUCCGGAGGCGUCCUCAGUAGAAGAGAUCGAGUUUACUGAUCAGCCUAAUACAGCAAAAUCCGUGCUGGGAACCUCCAGACUUGAGCAGGCUGAGGUUCGGGUUAUCGAGCUUACGCGCGCCAACUGCUCCUUGAAAUUGGCUAUGAUUACCCUUGCUGAGGUAAGCAUCAUUAUCAGGGGGUUUGUCGGUGAGAUUGCAAACCCUUCU